ACUGUGUAAGGAAAAGGGAAGCUCAAACGAAAGACAUGUUUACGAGUACGUGAUAAGAAGCCAGAAACCGAGGAGGCAAGAAGACCGAAAUACCUGUACAUGUUAUACAAAGUAGGCGAUAAAUCUUCCGGGGACAGACUCUUAUCAUAUUUUCCUUUCCACGUUUGAUUGGUUUAUUGUUAAAAGGACAAAAUGGGUUGCUGGUUCUCCAAAAAAUCCAAGAGAAAAUCACCCGAAAAGGAACCUACUCCGAAAACGGUGGAAGAUAAGGCGAACAGCAGCAACGCCAACAACAUUGACCUCUGCAGCAAUACAACAGAGGACCCACCUAAACAAUACAGCUGGGACAAACGCGAAAAGAUUGACCCUAAGGACUUCAUGCUAACGGGGCUGAAGGAUGCCACGGUGGGCCGUCUGCCAGGCAAGCUGAACGGACAGCAGUUUGUCAUCCAGGACUGUGACAACUGUAAGAUCUUCGUGUUGGACCACUCCGCCACCAUCACCAUCGACGACUGCACUAACUGCUGCAUCGUUAUGGGGCCAGUGAAGGGCAGUGUGUUCUUCAGGGACUGUAAGGACAUCAAGUGUGUGGUGGCCUGCCAGCAGUUCAGGACCAGGGACUGUAAGAAGAUGGAGGUGUUCCUGUGUUGCGCCACUCAGCCCAUCAUCGAGGCGUCCACGGGGAUGAAGUUCGGCUGCUUCCAUUUUACUAGUCUGUACUACUACCCCGAGCUGGCCUUCCACUUCAAGGACGCAGGCCUCAGCAUCUUCAACAACAACUGGAGCAACGUCCAUGACUUCACGCCCGUCUCAGGGGAGACCAACUGGAGCCUGCUGCCUGAGGACACUGUGGUGUUGGACCAUGUUCCAGCCCCUGACCCGGAGUCAGAGUUUAAAUCAGUCCGGAUCUCAGCUGAGGCAUCCCGCAGCAUCGUACCCAUGACCAAAGGAGGCAGACGUGAGGAGGAGGUAGAGGAGAGUGAUGAGUCCUGUCUGUUUGUGUUCUUCUCUGGGGACUACACCACUGCUAACGCCCGGAAACUCAUUGAUGAGGCCUCUGGGAAAGGGUUUGUGCUGAUCCAGACUAAGGAAGUGUCCAUGCGCCCCGAGGACGUCAGCAGAGUGUUCCAGAACGAUGCAGAGGUACUCCUCGAGUGGAUCACCAACGGCCCAGUGACAGCUCUGGAGUUGAAUGGGGACGGGGUAGUGGAGGCCUGCAAGAGCAUGGCCAGUGACAUGUUCAGUGGAACCAAGAUGUUUGUUUCAGACAACAGAAAUACUUCCUCUCGAGAUGUGGACAACUUCUUCAACUUCGCUGACAUGCAGAUGGGCUUGUGAUUGAGUCACUGUAUGACAAUCAACUUAUUACACAACCAAGGAUUUUUUUGUUAUAUUUUUUAUACUAGUAGGUAGUGGAGAAGGACAGGUUAAUCAUCAGAAUGAUGGUAGGUAGUGGAGAAGGACAGGGUAAUCAACAUAGUGAUGGGGAGAAGGACAGGGUAAUCAACAUAGUGAUGGUAGGUAGCGGAGAAGGACAGGUUAAUCAUCAGAAUGAUGGUAGGUAGUGGAGAAGGACAGGUUAAUCAUCAGAAUGAUGGUAGGUAGUGGAGAAGGACAGGUUAAUCAAUAUAGUGAUGGUAGGUAGUGGAGAAGGACAGGUUACUCAACACAGUGAUGGUAGGUAGCGGAGAAGGACAGGUUAAUCAUCAGAAUGAUGGUAGGUAGCAGAGAAGGACAGGUUACUCAACAUAGUGAUGGUAGGUAGUGGAGAAGGACAGGUUAAUCAACAUAGUGAUGGUAGGUAGUGGAGAAGGACAGGUUACUCAACAUAGUGAUGGUAGGUAGUGGAGAAGGACAGGUUAUUCAACAUAGUGAUGGUAGGUAGUGGAGAAGGACAGGUUAUUCAACAUAGUGGAGAAGGACAGGUUAUUCAACAUAGUGAUGAUAGGUAGCGUAGAGAAGGACAGGUUAUUCAACAUAGUGAUGGUAGGUAGCGGAGAAGGACAGGUUAAUCAUCAGAAUGAUGGUAGGUGGCGGAGAAGGACAGGUUAAUCAACAUAGUGAUGGUAGGUAGUGGAGAAGGACAGGUUAAUCAUCAGAAUGAUGGUAGGUAGUGGAGAAGGACAGGUUAAUCAUCAGAAUGAUGGUAGGUAGUGGAGAAGGACAGGUUAAUCAACAUAGUGAUGGUAGGUAGUGGAGAAGGACAGGUUAAUCAUCAGAAUGAUGGUAGGUAGCGGAGAAGGACAGGUUAAACAUCAGAAUGAUGGUAGGUAGUGGAGAAGGACAGGUUAAUCAACAUAGUGAUGGUAGGUAGUGGAGAAGGACAGGUUAAUCAACAUAGUGAUGGUAGGUAGCGGAGAAGGACAGGUUAAUCAACAUAGUGGAGAAGGACAGGUUAAUCAACAUAGUGAUGGUAGGUAGUGGAGAAGGACAGGUUAAUCAUCAGAAUGAUGGUAGGUAGCGGAGAAGGACAGGUUAAUCAUCAGAAUGAUGGUAGGUAGUGGAGAAGGACAGGUUAAUCAUCAGAAUGAUGGUAGGUAGUGGAGAAUGACAGGUUAAUCAACAUAGUGAUGGGGAGAAGGACAGGUUAUUCAACAUAGUGAUGGUAGGUAGUGGAGAAGGACAGGUUAAUCAACAUAGUGAUGGUAGGUAGCGAAGAAGGACAGGGUAAUCAACAUAGUGAUGGGGAGAAGGACAGGUUAUUCAACAUAGUGAUGGUAGGUAGUGGAGAAGGACAGGUUAAUCAUCAGAAUGAUGGUAGGUAGCGGAGAAGGACAGGUUAAUCAUCAGAAUGAUGGUAGGUAGCGGAGAAGGACAGGUUAAUCAUCAGAAUGAUGGUAGGUAGUGGAGAAGGACAGGUUAAUCAUCAGAAUGAUGGUAGGUAGUGGAGAAGGACAGGUUAAUCAACAUAGUGAUGGGGAGAAGGACAUGUUAUUCAACAUAGUGAUGGUAGGUAGUGGAGAAGGACAGGUUAAUCAUCAGAAUGAUGGUAGGUAGUGGAGAAGGACAGGUUAAUCAUCAGAAUGAUGGUAGGUAGUGGAGAAGGACAGGUUAAUCAUCAGAAUGAUGGUAGGUAGUGGAGAAGGACAGGUUAAUCAUCAGAAUGAUGGUAGGUAGUGGAGAAGGACAGGUUAAUCAACAUAGUGAUGGGGAGAAGGACAGGUUAAUCAUCAGAAUGAUGGUAGGUAGCGGAGAAGGACAGGUUAAUCAUCAGAAUGAUGGUAGGUAGUGGAGAAGGACAGGUUAAUCAACAUAGUGAUGGUAGGUAGUGGAGAAGGACAGGUUAAUCAUCAUAGUUAUGGUAGGUAGCGGAGAAGGACAGGUUAAUCAUCAGAAUGAUGGUAGGUAGCGGAGAAGGACAGGUUAAUCAACAUAGUGAUGGUAGGUAAUGGAGAAGGACAGGUUAAUCAUCAGAAUGAUGGUAGGUAGUGGAGAAGGACAGGUUAUUCAACAUAGUGAUGGUAGGUAGUGGAGAAGGACAGGUUAAUCAUCAGAAUGAUGGUAGGUAGUGGAGAAGGACAGGUUAUUCAACAUAGUGAUGGGGAGAAGGACAUGUUAUUCAACAUAGUGAUGGUAGGUAGCAGAGAAGGACAGGUUAAUCAACAUAGUGAUGGUAGGUAGCGAAGAAGGACAGGUUACUCAACAUAGUGAUGGUAGGUAGUAGAGAAGGACAGGUUAAUCAACAUAGUGAUGGUAGGUAGCGGAGAAGGACAGGUUAAUCAACAUAGUGAUGAUAGGUAGUGGAGAAGGACAGGUUAAUCAACAUAGUGGAGAAGGACAGGUUAAUCAACAUAGUGGAGAAGGACAGGUUACUCAACAUAGUGGAGAAGGACAGGUUAAUCAACAUAGUGGAGAAGGACAGGUUAAUCAACAUAGUGGAGAAGGACAGGUUAAUCAACAUAGUGGAGAAGGACAGGUUAAUCAACAUAGUGGAGAAGGACAGGUUAAUCAACAUAGUGGAGAAGGACAGGUUAAUCAACAUAGUGGAGAAGGACAGGUUAAUCAACAUAGUGGAGAAGGACAGGUUAAUCAACAUAGUGGAGAAGGACAGGUUAAUCAACAUAGUGGAGAAGGACAGGUUAAUCAACAUAGUGGAGAAGGACAGGUUAAUCAACAUAGUGGAGAAGGACAGGUUAAUCAACAUAGUGGAGAAGGACAGGUUAAUCAACAUAGUGGAGAAGGACAGGUUAAUCAACAUAGUGGAGAAGGACAGGUUAAUCAACAUAGUGGAGAAGGACAGGUUAAUCAACAUAGUGGAGAAGGACAGGUUAAUCAACAUAGUGGAGAAGGACAGGUUAAUCAACAUAGUGGAGAAGGACAGGUUCAGUAGUUAUAACGAGCAGUCAGGGGGGAAAACGCUGUAUUAGUUAUUUGGCUAUUUUAAUUUCUUGAAUUUCAAGAAAGUAUUCUCUUGUUUAUAUUGUGUAUAUUUUGGCUCUUCGCUGUUCUGUUAGGUAAUUAGUGUGUUUGUGUGUGUGUGUGUGUGUGUGUGUGUGUGUGUGUGUGUGUGUGUGUGUGUGUGUGUGUGUGUGUGUGUGUGUGUGUGUGUGUGUGUG